AGACAGGCAGCUCAAACUGCUUUGGCACAUCUAGCUGUGGAGUGCGAGAUGAGAAAGUCAAUGCUCUUCCUUGGCUUUCUUGUUUUCCUUGGCCUGGCUCUGCCAGGCACCCAGGGAAAAAAAAUUCCCAGAUGUGAGAUGGUGAAGAUUCUACGUCAGAAUGGCUUUCAGGGCUUCGAGGGCACAACUGUUGCUGACUGGAUGUGCCUGGUGAAACAUGAGAGUGAUUAUAACACAAAAGCGUACAAUGACAAUGGUCCAAGCAGGGACUAUGGCAUCUUCCAGAUCAACAGCAAGUACUGGUGCAACGAUGGCAAGACCUCUGGAUCCAAGAAUGCCUGCAAAAUCAGUUGCUCAAAACUGCAAGAUGAUAAUCUUGGGGAUGAUAUUCGGUGUGCCAAGAAGAUUGCCCGCGAAGCUCAUGGCCUCAGUCCCUGGUAUGGCUGGAAAAACCAUUGCCGGGGCAAAGACCUGAGUUCCUUUGUCAGGGGCUGCUAAAUUGCUCCACGAGUGUCGAUUGUCUCCGCAGGAUCACCAGAGGUGGAGAAUGGAGAGGCCAGGGAAAUGCAUGGGUGUGGGGAAUUCAAAGCAGUAUAAGCCAGAUAAGACAGAGUGGGCACUGUCUAGUGCUAACUCUGGAGGCCUUCACACUGUUGCAACGCAAACAGAGAACUUUCAGCUCACAGCUUAAUAAAAACCGGUGUAGCAACAAGCCA